AUGAAGCCCAGAAGAUACCACGGUCUGAAACGACCAAAACUUCGGCAAAGUUGGAACAAAUACAACCUCUUCAACAUAUGGCGUACCAGAGACCCGAAGCUAGGAAAAGGCGACAAUGAGACCUUCUUCCAGCAAAAAUGGAAGGCAAAGGGUAUGCUACGAAACUACCACGGUGAACACGUCGUCGAGCGGAAGUGGGUGCGCAUGUUCAGCCGUCGCUUGCUAAGCGUCGCCGAGAUGAACCCCAAGUAUAUGGCCAAGUAUGAUGGUUCCGAAUUGGCCGCAGGUAGAGGGUCUGGCAAGGAUAUACCACCGAAUUGGUCUGAAGAAGAAGUAAAUAAACCUAUUCCGACCCCCUACAUGCAGAUGACAUUUGCGCCUAUGGAGAGGAGAUUGGAUAUCGCUGUUUUCAGGGCUAUGUUCGCAAGUAGCGCAAGACAGGCGAGACAAUUCUGUGUCCACGGCGCUGUUAGGGUCAAUGGCAAAGUGAUGCCAUACCCCGCCUACCGUCUUAAUCCUGGCGACAUGUUCCAGGUCGAUCCCGAACGUGUCAUGUACGCAACCGGCAUGCCGAAACCUGAUCCAAACAAGUCGAAGGGCAAGAAAGCUUCGACUAGAGGUGCCGAGGACGAAUCUGAGGAGCCAGUAGAACAGGAGGCGGAGGCAGCUACCGAAGGAGAUGUCGCCGAGGCCAAAGAAGCAGAGGCGGUAGAGCAAGACCCCGACACAACUGAUGCUCCAGAGCCGGUCAAGGUGGAUAUGAAGCCGACGCAGAAACAAAUACAGGAGAUAGUUCAACAAGCCAAGACUCUAUUAAACGAGGAUGGCGAUCUUGGUGCGCACCAGAAGCAACGGCUGCGGAAGUUUAUCAAGGAUCUACGCCCUCUAACCUCUCGCGCCAGCCGCCCUAAUGCCUCCCCGACAGAGAUCGCCUCCGAGCUCUCAGAACUAAUCUCGGGGCUCAAUAUAUCUGGCUCCUCUAGCAAGGACGCCCCAGUCGCAAAGGAACAGUCUUCAUCGAUGGAUUCUUUCAACGACCUUAGCAGAUCCGAGCUCGAGAGGCUAGAGCGGCGUGUGGCCGAACACCUGCGCGAGGAAGAGGAAAACCCAUGGGACCCUAGCAAGCCGUACAAGACACCUUGGCGGCCGCGCAACUACAUGGCGCCGUUCGCCUUCAUUCCCAAGUAUCUCGAAGUCAACCACAACAUCUGCGCCGCCGUCUACCUACGGCAUCCCGUCGCAAGGGUCGGCAGCGCCGAGGUCCCAACGCCCUUCCCCGAACCCGUCAACCAGCUAGCUUUCAACUGGUACCUGAGACGAAGGUAA